AUGGAGCUCUACCUCAUCCGUCACGGCGAGACGGUCGACAAUGUCGCCGGUGUCUACGCCGGGGUGCGCGACUCUGCCCUCACCAAUCACGGCGUCGAACAGGCCCAGCGAUUAGGCAAAUACUUCCAUCAGCAAGACGUACGAUUCUCGCACAUCUUCGCAUCACCGCUCUCCCGCGCGCGCCGGACUGCUGAGGCUGUCGCAUCACAUCAGAAAUGGUCGGAUGAGCGGUCCUCGCUGCGGGUUAUUCAGGUGCCUGAUCUGAUCGAGCAGGAUUUUGGAUACUAUGAGGGCAAAACAUUUCGGGCAAGGGCAGACGCCCAGAGAUUGGGCAGAGAUGCCCAGCGUGAGAGAUCAGAGGAUGAAGCUGCUGUGUUCGUUGACGUCGAGAGUAAAGACUCGAUGAUGAAACGCGCUGACGCCUUUCUCGACGAACACCUGUUGCCUCUCUUCUUCACUGAGGUGGAUACACCCGGUGUGGCCUUACAGGUCGCGGUUGUCUCUCACGGGAUCCUGCUUGGAAACCUCUGGCGACGGCUCCUCGCGAGACUGCCCGUGAAAAGUGUGACGAUCUCGCCCGAUGUCACCUCCUCGCGAGGUUCGGUUAUCCUCGAACACCUCGGCGGCUGGAGCAACACGGGCUAUCUGAACUUGACCUUCACGAAGCCCAAGGUGCCUGUGAGUAUUACACUCAGCUCGGCAACAGCUUUGCCGUCUGCACCUCCUGCGAUGACAGCGACGACUGGGGACGAGGAAGCCAGGUCACCCGAAAGCGCUGACUUGGCUUCGAUCACUCCCGCUGGUGCGAUCACAAGCACUUCUGAAAGGCAUGUGAUGCUGACCGGCUGGUCCGCGCGCAUCAACGCCAUCGACAGCAAGCAACACCUGGCCAGUCUGAAAAGACAGCGCGGCGGGAUCGGCAGUUCCGCACACGACCAAGGCCAACAGAGGCUGGAAAGUUUCUUCAAACGGCAGAAGAAAAACAUCAGCGAGCCGCCGUCUAAACCGAUCACUUGA